AUGUCAUACAAACCAACCAUUCGUAGCCAGCAACAGCCUCCAGACCAACCACAACUGGAGAACUCCAAGUACCGCGCCCAAGCGAAACAACUUCAGGAAUUGUUCCCGGCUUGGUCGAACGAGGUCGCCGGGGAUGUAGAACUUGCUGCAACGCGGAUUAGUGAGGGUCACGCCGAGCAGUGGGGUUCCGUUACUCGCAAAAAGGAAAAGAAGGUUUCGGUAUCUGGCCAACCCAAAGAUGCCGGAUUCUCUUUGCCUCGAGGAGGCAGAGGCGGUCGUGGUGGAGGAAGAGGCGGUCUUUCAGGCAGAGGCAGCCCGGCGACAAGGGGACGUGGUGGACCUCCUCGUGGUGCUCCCAACGGUCAUGCUGGGCGCUCCAGUACUCCAAGAAUCAGCUCUCCGGCCCCUCAUCAACCUGCCGCCUCAUCAGCUUCAGAGGUGCAGCCGGACGGCGACGCGAAGGACAAAGGAGCCCUCGAUGCGCAGGUCGCUGAACCUGCAAAUGGCCGGGCAUCUGGAGCUGAAGCCCCCAGCGUAAACGGAGCUUCAUCUUCUACAUGGAGCGCGAAACAAGAAGCACCGGAUCCGACCGUACACGUAAACAGUGCUGCAGCUUCGUCGCAUGUUCUCCCAAAACCUACCAAAACACCCGCGACGUCGAAGAUGUCGUGGGCGCAAAUAGCACGAUCACAAGAGAAGCCUGCCCCGCCGCCUGUACCUCUUGCAGCCCCUGCUCCAAUAUCGGCGCCUGCGCCAGUGCCACCGCAGCCUGCGCUAGCUCCAGAGUCGGAAGCAGAGUCACUACCCCCGCCGGUCUGGGAAGAACCAACAACAGUACAACCGCCAACAUGGGACGAUGAGCCGCCAUCGAUACCACCAGCUCCCGAGCCAGCUUCCGAGGAGUGGAAUAUGUCGGCCAACGAUGAGCCACAAUCGGAAUCCACGUCCGCAGAACCUGCACAGGAACCCGAGCCAGACGCGCCGCAGGAACCGGUCCAAGUAGCAGAACCCAAGCCAGAACCACAGGCGCCGAAGCCGCAAGCCCCCCAACCAACACCUUCCGCCCUCCCUGCUCAAAUUCUCCAGCAACAAUUGAAGGAUCUGCAAUCUAGCAAUGUUUCGGCGCCUCCCGCUGUUGCUACCCCGUCACCCAGACCAUCCCAGGCUCGACCAUCUUCGGCUGCCCACCGCGCCAAUGCGAAGUUCAAGAUCGGGGAUCAGCCUGCAGUCGUCAUGCCUAGUACCUUCUCAGGCGGCGUUGAAAAGGUAGGCAUGCAGUUUGGCAGCCUCAGCUUGGGAGGAGAUGCCUCGGAAGCACCGGCCAGUGAAACCCAGGCACCUGAACCUGCCCGCGUUUCUGAAGUAUCCGCACCAGCUCCCGAACCCGAACCAAUCCCAACACCUGCCCCUGCCCCCGUUGCUCAGGCACCCGAACCACCUGUGCAACCCACACCAGCACCGCCAGCACCGUCCGCCCCAACUCCCACGUCGAUAUCCUCAUCAGCUCUGUUCCAGCAGACUCUGACGCAAAGGCAAACCCCACCACAGAUGCCUUCCUCCCAGUCGCUCGCUACCUCCGUUUCUCAACCGAUUAUAUCGUCGACUUCGGCUGCCGCUUCACAUCCAUCCGCGCCUUCGGCCGUAGCAUCGCCCGCUCAACAAUACCCCGCACAAUCAAUCCCUCAGUCCUCGAUAACCCACCAUCUCCAACAGCAACAGCAACACGCGCUUCCUCAACAGAUCCAACAGCAAGCCAAUGCUCAGCAGCAGCAUCAAUACUCGCAGCAUGGGUUCUCAGCUCACGCGGAUCCUCAGCCAAAUCAAGUACAACAGCAACUGCCUCAAUCCCAGCACCAGCAGCCUCAAGGCGCUGCCAACGCCGCGGCGGCGGCGGCGAGUCAUAACACAUACUUCAGAGGCAAUGCCGACCCGUUCUUCCACACCCCUACGCCUCCUGCCCCUCAAGCACAGGAUAGUCCGUAUGGUGCGUUUGGUCAACAGCUGGGACAGCAGAUGCAACACUCAGCCCAAGCCUCCCACGUUGGAGCAUUUGGAGCCGAAUAUGGUUACGGCGAGAGCCCGAGAGGAUUCUAUGAUUCUUACGCUCAACAAUCUGGGUUUGCGUCCCGCAAUCCUUUGGGCCACGACGACAUGAAGGCUCUUCCGGGUGGUCAACAGCAACCAGCUGCCACUGUUGGAUUGUCCGCUUCUGCUUCGCAGAGCGCGCAACAUGCUGCAUCAUCGCAAACCGCUCAGCCCCCGGCUGCUGCAGGCCAGGCUCCACAACAAGGCUACCCUCCGCCUCUUCCCUACUACUACCAACCGUACCCCCAAAAUCAGUACUACAGCUCCCCGUACAAUUCUGGCUACGGCGUUCCAAACUACGUCAAGUACCCCGCGAUGUUCGCAUCUGCCCCCGCUCCCGCAUCUGCCCCCUCGCCAGCGACGAAGCAACCUGGCAGCGUUCAACCUCAGAGCAACCCAUAUGGCCAGGGUCUAUACACGCAACACCAGCAGCAUCCCUCAGCUUCGUACGACGAUAUGGGCUACCAACACCACACUCAGCAACACCAACCGCAUAGCUUGGGCGGCGGACUACCUGCGAAUGACUACAAUAAGCCGUUAUACGGAGGCCAGGGCAACUUCAUGGGUCUUGGGCAGUCGACAGGGCCCUCCGCAGGCGUCCGCAACACCACCGGUGGCUCACCCGAAGCCGCCUACAAGCCAUACGCGCCCAAGGAUGUCAAUAACGGUGUAGGGACUGGCAUGGGUGUUGGACAGGGUAUGCAGGCCGGUCGCGCUAGUGUCCAAGGGCAGCAGCCCAACCAAGCCGGCCAGAGUCAAGGGCAAGGACAACCUCAGCAGGGUCAAAGCGGGUUCUACAACGUUAAUCGUUACGGCGGUAACGCCGCUGGCGUAGGUGGCGGCGUCGGGGGCCCUCAAGGACAGGCUGCUCAUCACCUACAUCAACCUCAGGGGCAGGGCCCGCAGACUCAUCUCGGCUACCCCCAAGGCGCCUCUGACGGUAGUUUCUACUCGUAUCAACCCAGGCAACAGGGAUAUUGGCAACAGUAA